AUGGGAAGCCAUAGGUUCGAACGAGAGAUUGGCACGGUUUUGGAGGCGGGACUUGUUAUUGUUGGCCUAGGAAGCGGGGUCGAUUGCCAUCCAUCAAAGUCGAAUCGCAUGAGUCGACCUGCUUUUGAGCAGUUCACGGCUCAACCGCCGCAACCGGCCGGCGAGUUCGUCGCUCAACAGCAGACCGUACAGGGCGAAGCCAUGGCGGCGCAGGGGCAAGAAUUAACGAUAGCGAAAUUGGAAAACUCUGUAGCUAAUAUGGAAGAACAACAGUUGACUUCUGACCCUCGAUAUCAGAAAAUGCUCCAGCUAAAAUCGAAAUUAACAGGUGCCCCUCCACCUGCUGAACCAGCACAGCAGCCAUCUCCAUCGGUUAGUCAACAACAGCAACAGAUCACUCCUGCGCAGUUGAAUCAGUUGCGGGCUCAGGUUGGUGUCAAAAGGAUACAAAAUCGUGUUGGUUUACGGAUUAGAGAGUUGAGCAACCUGCCAGCUGAUCUCCCACCGAACUUAAGAAUCAAGGCCGAAAUUGAACUUCGCGCUUUGCGGCUGGUGAAUCUCCAAGCACAGGUGUGA